GGCAGCUCUAGGGGCCGGCAGCAUCGAGCAUGGGGGAUGUAGAGAAAGGCAAGAAGAUCUUUGUGCAGAAGUGUGCGCAGUGCCAUACUGUGGAGAAGGGCGGCAAGCACAAAACUGGGCCCAACCUGCACGGCCUGUUCGGGCGCAAGACUGGGCAGGCACCCGGCUUCUCCUACACGGAGGCCAACAAGAACAAAGGUAUUACCUGGGAUGAGGACACCCUGAUGGAGUACCUGGAAAACCCCAAGAAGUACAUCCCAGGGACAAAGAUGAUCUUUGCUGGCAUUAAGAAGAAGCCGGAGAGGGCAGACUUGAUAGCAUACCUGAAAGAUGCCACUGCUAACUAAUUGUGACCUGCUGCCUUAUUUAUUUCACAAGGGAGGUGGAAAUGAAAGUGUCUCCCAGAUUUGGGUUUUUAAACUUUCUAUUUUUACAUGUACUGUGUUUAACUUUGCAUCUGUCUCAUCAGCCAGUUCAUGUGGCUCAUGAGGGUGGUUGGAGUACACACUUGUUUGGCAGUUGUUACUUCAGGCAGUGCAUGUAAACUGAAUUGGGCUUGAAUGAGUACAAUCAUGUUCUAUGUGUUUGUAGUCAUUCUGGAUAAUGCAAUUAAAAAACAAAAAUCUCA